AUGCAGACCUUCAAGUCUCUCAUCCCCCUCUUCCUAACUGCCAGUCUUGCAGUCAACGCAGAGACAACCUCCUGCGUUACCUCAACCAAGACCUUUCCCACCAUCACCUCCAUCAUCGUCGAACCGACCAGUACUUGGUCCGGUAACGGCACAGGUGGCGGUCCUCAUACUGUGUAUACAACUGAGUAUCACGAGUUCUGCUCCACGGGUCUGCGUCUGCACACGUACACCGUCACUGAGGCUUGCCACAAGGAAAAGUGUCAGCCUCGCAGUACUGGUGUUCCGCCUGGCUUUACCUCAACUGUUACCGUUUGUAACUCUUGUGGUGAGAAGCCUAUCACUGCGACGCUGACUGUCCCGUGUCCUGAGGCUACGGCUACUAAGGGUCCUGGCAAGCCGCAGCCCGAGCACUGUGAGACAUGCCAUGAUCAGGGCAAACCGUCUAGCAAGCCAAAACCCGUUCCAUCUGCCCCUGCUGUGAAGCCAGUCCCUACGGGCCCUCAGCCAGAAGAAUGCAGCACGUGCGGCUCCAACCCUCCAUCUGGUGGUCCUCCUCAUCCUCCCAAGCCAACCAACCCUGGCGAGGACAAGCCAGAGCACCCCAACACUCCUACAUGCACCACCUGCGGCGGACCAGGGCAGAAUUCUAACCCCCCUGCUCAGCCCAACCCUCCUGCUACAUGCACUACUUGCGGUGCUGGAGGAGAAGCUCCCCAACCCCCUGCCUCCCUCGCAACUUCUGUCGUGCCCGGCCCCUCUGGAGAGAAGCCGGCUACUAGUCCUACCAACCCUGCUCCUGGAGAACCAUCUGCUAUCACUGCUGGCGCUGCCAAGGCAUCUUACGUUGAGCUGGGUCUUCUUGGAGUCUUUGGUUUUGGGUUCAUCCUUCUUGGAAUUCCUCUCUAG